AAGUACUCCUUGGGAAGACGCCACGGGCCAUGCGGCUUACGCGUGGCCUGGAGCGUGUGAGCAGAAUGCGCUACGGGGACGAGACCUUUCAUAUGCCACAAGCCUGGCCUCCAGCACGCACCAGCAGUCUGUUGAACUUCAUCACCUCCACGUUUGGAUCAACUUGCGAUACGCCUUCGCGAUCGCCGCUUGUAGAAAAUAGUAAUAUGCCACCUCGCAACAACUCCGCGCAUUCCCCGACCACGUCGAAGAAUCAACAGCAGAAUGGGCACUCAUCCAAGCAGUCCGACAAGCAAGAGAAUAAAGCACAGCAGGCGUCGCGACCGAAGGGUGACUCUGCCGCUUCCACAUCCAACGGACCAGACAGGAUUAGCAUGGCGAGCACCAUGAGCACGGCAUCGACACUCAAGGCCACGGAGAUCGUUGGGGAGACGGCGGAGUCUCUGGAACACUUGGGCAAAGCAUUCGGCGAGUUCGCUCAGCAAAUUACGAAACUCAGUCAACUCGGCGCGGAGCUCGAGACCGCGGAGAUUGUCAACAGACUGAGGAAGAUGAUGGACGUGGAAGACGAACGGCUGGAGAAGGAGAUUGAGGGGAUCAAAGUUCUUCAGGAUGAAGUCAUCAAGAAGGAUGUCAUUGAACAUCUCAAGAUCGCUGUCGAGAAUGACGUCUCGGACCUCAUCGACCAGCUCGUGGCGGAGCAAGUUACGAUAUUGCUUCCCGACCACAUCCCGUCGGCACUGCUCGACGAACUGGCACGUCACAAGCGCGAGCUCGACGAGGUUGAGGUAGAUCUGCACAACUCGGAAAGCAGGCUCGCAAAUGCGCAGAUACGGACGUCGGAUCUGACCGAGCAGCUGCGCACAAUCCAGAGGGCUGACAAAACCGUCAGUCAGCACUUCCCGGCAGACCUGCAAGGUCUGAUAGCGAUGGACGAUGCGUCCGUCAAGUCGCUCAUGAGGUACUACGCCCUCUCCGACAUCUCGGACUCGCAAGACAGGAACCUUAAUCGUCUCAUGCUCUUCUUGGGGCUGUCUUACCAGUUGGUCCCGACGAGCGCAGGUGGUAACGUCUUGGCGAAGAUCAGCCCGUCGAGCCUGGCCCGGAUGUAGUCGCGCCGUGGUUUUCGUUGACAUCACUGUAUCCGAAUCUCUGUAUUGUACACCAUCUUGCACUCAUCUCACGAACGAAUGACCGGUGUUUGUAGCAAACAUCUUGCGCUGUCGUCUUAACAAUUGCAUCCGUUGCCUC